UUCCGCUGGUCCGUGGGGAGAAGAUGAGACCACAAACGGAUCGCGGUUUAAAUAAUCUGAGAAACACGAGAAACUUUCGCAUUGUUAAAGAUAACACAUUCUCAAACUCCUAUGCGGAUUUGAAUUUUUAGUUUUUUAUCGCUCCUGGUCAACCAAUUUUCAAACUAUGACAUAGGUUGGUGAUCAUACGUUAAAAGUGAUAUGACCUAUGCAUCACAAGACGAGCAAAAUGGCAUGAGAGAAACAAACAAGUGUUGUAUAGUCUCCUUUGAAUAAAAAAGAACAAACAAGAUAUUUUACACCCAUUGCAAUUGCGUUUAAUAAGGUUAUCUUUAGUGAGAAAAGCCUUUCUAUCUAGGAACCACACAAAAAAAUUCUAAUGGAACCUUAAUCUUUCACAAAUGUUUACCAAGGAAAAUAGGAUGACCAUCCAAAAAAUGAUCAAGUAUUGGGAUCGGCUGAGAGGCAUAUCGUCAUGAGACGUUAGACUAAAGUGGGCCUGGGUCAGGGUUGCUUAGAGUUCUAGUGAUCGAGUCAUCAUGAGACGUUAGAUUGGAUUUUUUUUCCCGCAAAAUACGUGGAAAACUAAACACAAAUUAGUACGGAGUAAUAAAAACUGAAAACAAAGACAGAAACAGAAACAGGAAAGGGAGAAAAAGAAAACCAAACCAGCCUCUCGCGCAUCUGGUUCCUUUCGUGGACUUCCUUCCUACUCGUUCUGGCUUCGCGGGCCUAUUUGUAAGCGGGCCUAGCCCAAAGACGUUUGAGGAGCCACCGGUUCCGGAUCUGCCCUCGACUUCCGCCGCUAGCCGUGGCCUCUGCCGGACCCGGCGGCGAUCCACAUCGCCGUAUCGCCGUAAGCCGAAACUGAACAUCGCCGGUACGCAUGUCAUCUUCGACGUACCGGAAGCGGCGGCGCUCGGCCGCGGCCGCGUGUGGCAUAAGCAAGCGCCCUCGACUCGUAGCCUCCUCCGCCGCCGUCUCGGACGAAUCAUCUUCUAGCUGGGCGUCUCUCCCGGCAGAUUUGGUCGGCCUGAUCGGGUGGAGGGUGCUCGCGAGCGACCUGAGGGACUACGUCCGCUUCCGCGCCGUCUGCGCGCACUGGCGGUCGAGCUCGCUCUCCCCACGCGGCCGCGGCGUCGUCGACCCGCGCUUCCACCCGCGCCGGUGGAUGAUGCUGCCCGAGGGCCACGGCCUCCACCCUGGCCACGGCAAGAUGCGCGGCUACAUCCGCUUCUUCAACCUCUCCACGGGCGCCAUCGUCCGCGUCCUGCUCCCGCUGUUCAGGGACCACUGCGUCCUCGACUCCGUCGACGGCCUCCUCCUCCUGCAACGGGGCCAAGACACUGUCAUCCGCCUCCUCCACCCCUUCACCGGUGACACUGCAGAGCUCCCACCACUCGCCACUCUCAUGCGUCUUCCUAAAGCCAACUUGGAUGUGAGAAGGACUUGGAAGUAUUUCAGAACCAUUUGUGCUACCUCCUUCAGUGUCAGUGCAGAUGGAGUCAUCACUGUCAUGAUUGUAUUUCAUAAGCUAUCCAUGUUAGCCUUUGCUACCUCCAGUGAUCAUCAAUGGAAUGUUCCUACCUGGAGGCUCUCACCAUAUCGGAGGCCCAUAUCAUUCCGAGGCAAGAUAUACAUGUUAGAUAAUACCCCACUUUACGGUGGUUCUCGUGACAUUCAGAUUAUCCAGAUCGCCCCUCCCCAGUAUGAAGGGAUUCCUUCAGGUUCGUGUCCUACGCCUACACAGAAGUUGGUUGCCACAUGUCCGGUCAGCAAAAUGUGUUUCCCUCGCUACCUGGCAGAAUGUGACUCAGAGAUCCUGGUGAUCGGGUAUCGUGACGGCUUUUUCCGUCACCCAUUGGUUUACGGACUAUCUGACCUUAUCCUAGACAGGGUUGUCCCAGUAACUAGUAUCGGAGAUAAUGUUCUGUUCAUUGAUGAAAGGAUACUGAAUGUCAGCCCUAGUGCUGGGUGACUCCAUUGUUUCAUCCCAAGGAAAAGUAUUUGGCACAAUGCCAACUCAGUAGUUGCACAUGGUCACCGGCAGCAGAUGGACGUAUCGCAAUCCAUGGUGCUGUAUUGAGGCCUUAUAGCUUAAUUUAUCAUAUCUACACAAGCUGCCAUCGUGCUUCCUGGAAUAAAGGCGCAAUCUGUUAUCAGUAUAAGGAUCAACUCGUGUGGAAGGUUAAGAGAAAGUGGCGUGAGGGGGCAUAAAUAAUCUAGACCGUGGAGGUGAUGGCUGGAUUUACUCGGCAUCUUUACUACCACCGGAAGGAGAGGAGUCUUAUUUAUCAUCGUGUUGUCAUUCCUGUGACAGAGAUGUUUCUCAUUCUGCUAUAUUAUUUUACCUUUUCUGUACUGCUAAAUAUGUACUUUGUUGAAAUUUUCUGCACUGCUGCUUGGGCGAUUUGGAAGUGUCGGAAGGAUCGCAUCUUCAAUAUCUUCAAUAGUUUUGUCCCUUCUGUGGCCGGUUGGUUGGCCAAAUUCAUUCUUUGUAUUAGAGCUCAGAGCUGUAGGUUUAGUGCUCGGGCUAAAGAGGCGCUGAAGGGCCUGGUUGGUCUCCCUCGCCUCGGUUCCUGAGUUAGUUCUCAUUUUUUUUAUAUAUAUACUGUUGGAGUCACCCCUACAGUUUUCGGUCAAAAAAUAUGUAUUUUGUUGUAGAUUCGGGCAAUUUGAAAUUAGCAUGUUCAAACAGCUA